ACGGAUACUUGCCGUUCCAUAACCAGCCAAGGUGCCUUCUACCACAGUGUUUCACGCCCCGAACGUCAUGCCGCGUGUGCGUCAGUGUUGCUGGGACGGAUGCAGUGGGCUUGUAGAUUAAUUGCUCCCUGAUUGGCUCAUUUUGAGCUGCUCCUUUGCCGAUCGCAGCCACUGGUCAUAUUUCGUGUGUGGUACGCUUGCUUAGGUGCGUGCGUGUGAGUGACAUUGGACCAGUACACGUGGUGCAGACACGCAUGGUGCAACAUAUUCCAGAUUCCGAAAACCUGAGCACAAUUGUAGCGUUCAUUACCUCAGCGGUCACCUGGUUCACGCUAUCGCGUGCUAAGUGCUCUCUGGCCUGUGGAGAGAAGCCGGUGCUCCGGUGGACAAACAUUCCGGAAUUGAAGACCGUGUUCAGAAUGUUCCCAAUUGGCUGGAAUACCAUGUUAAAACAUCGUCUAACCGCUUUCGCCCUGAUCUUACUUUUCGUGGUCAAUCGCACCGACUCACUGUGCACGAAGCACGCAGUCCUUCUAAUGUGUCGAUACACUUUCCCAGAUGCAAAAAUGCUGGGCGAAAUUGGCAUGGGAACAGACAUGAUUUUAAUAGGAUAUCAUGGGCCACUGGAAAUACCCAAAUCUGCAUCUGCAGGGAAGUAUUCUAUGAAAUCAAUUCAGAUCCAGCAGUCCCAUAUCACUUAUAUGGCAGAACAUUUUUUUGCUAGAUUUUCAAGUGGCGACUUGACACGACUCACAUUGAACAAUGUGAAUGGGACGUUUCAGUUGGAUAAAUAUGCACUGGGUGAACUUGAAGAUACUCUUGUGAACCUUCGAGUUACGGAACAUCCUGUUGGAGAUAUCAGUUAUCUAUCAAAUCUGAAGAAACUGGAGCGUCUGCAGCUGACCCGGACUGGACUGACUAGUUUGCCGGAUAAUUUUGAAGAAGUUUUGGGUCACAUCAGUGUGUUGGAUUUAACUGGUAACGAGUUGACCACUCUUCCUUGGGAUGUAAUAGCCGAAAGAUUGGAGAUAGAAAAACUUUACUCUGUUCGACUGAAUGCGAACAAAUGGCACUGCGAUUGUCGCAUGAGGCCAUUAGUGGAAGCAUCACCGGCAGCCAAAGACAAAGUCGCUGGUUUGCAAUGUGCGGAACCUCCGCACUUGGCGGACUAUAAUCUACUGACACUGAGAGCCGGUCACAUAUGUUCAGCGGAAGAACUCGUAGUUGAGGCACCUGUCGUUGUCCAAGCGGAGAUGCCGGUUGUCGAGAACGCCCCAGUCGACAGGGUUCAAGGAGUUCUUACGGGAUCCGGGGAUGUCGGUCCUGCCGAGCGCAGCGAACCUCUCGACGCUCCGCCCCAAGUUGCCACGGCCGGCAGUGGUCUCUCGACAGAAAUCAUCGCAGUGAUCGUCGCUGUUAUCUUGGUGGCUGUGGUUGUCAUAAUUGUUGUCAUCAUUUUCAAAGUCCGUUCAAGUAAUCAACGCUCGGGCCAGCACGCAACCCCAAAGCACCCAACACAUAAAAAUAAUCCAUAUUGCCAUGUAAUCGAACAUUCAAGCUCAAAGCCGACGGGGAACUCACGACCCUCGGGGACUACCGCUGCUGGUCCAGUUCCCGCCGGUCACUAUGGCCGAGAGCUAGACCAGGCGGAACGUCAGCCUUUGGCUCCCCCAUAUCACGCCCAAAUGGACAAUCGCCUCUGAUACUUUUACUAUUCCCCACCUCUGAUCCACCUAUGUCCCGUCGAUUCUCACUAGUUGGCCUUCGUUCGAUGCGGUAACCGUUCAGACGCUGUUGGUGGAUUCUCCAAAUUGCUUUUUGUGCCGUAUGCAUUCUCCUUCGGUACGUAUCUCUUCGAUCGCGGCUCGUCGGGUAACCAUAGUCUGCAACCGGUUCUAAUUCGUUGAUUUCGAUUGGCUUCGACAUCCCUUCCUUGCAAAGAAAUGAGAAUUGAACACUGUGUCUAUAACAAUGUGUCAUUUUUCGCUAAACUCAUCCUGGCAGAGGACGUACACCACCGGCCAUGAUAUUUCCUCUUACCUUAUGGCGCUGAUUUACAGGCGCAUUCGCUUUCACCUCAGACAACUGGGAGGUUAUGCAGUAUCAUUCUCCGAGGAUUCCCGAGCUCUCGUUCCAAAUGUAUAAACGACCCGGUUGAUUCCCACUUGAAGCCUUUUUAACCAGUUGAACGAUAUUUCCGCAUUUCGUGAUCACUAUUUUUAGCACUGAUUCUAACCGAUCGCUCAUGCAUACCGGCAUCGCACAGACACCUCGGUUCCAGUUCGUUUGUCCGUUUUUUAUUAGCGAUUAUUCCCCACUAUUUAUACGGAUGCGAUGAUUAUUGCCACACUUGCUUCGCUCGCUAUGUUCACAUGUUCACAUUUCUGUUUUUCUCCCAUUACAUCACCGCCUCACACUGGCUCAUAUAUACGUGUGUGUUUGCACAUAUAUAUGUAUAUAUGACUUUCCGCGUUGUCAAACUUAUAUGCUAAAGCAAAAUAAACUAAUUCGGCCAUA